AUUUGACCGUUAUGCGACCUCCUUUAACGGCAAACACAUCUGUUUGAUCACUAGGCCUACGUUUAUGAUAAUAAUGAUUAGCCGACCUUUGUUAUAAUUCCCACAUCAAUCUCUCCCAUUUACCCCGAGAGAACAACAGGCCUAAUUGCUUGCAAUACAGUUGAUCAACUACUAGAAGUUGUGCCUCAUGGUCUGAGAUAACGUAGAAAUAGGGACGCUUUCGAGUUCAAAAUGGAUAAAUAACAUCCUUUUGCCGGAAAUCUGUUGCAUGUAAGGUUGUAAGAGACUUAGUUAAGUUGCGCAAUGUACGCAUUUAGCGCAGCCAUGGCGGUCUGGAGAACUCCCAAUAUGUAUUCUCGCGGCGACAGCACAUAUCGCGUUCUCAUACAGGGUGGUCUCUAGCUAGCUAGCUACAUCAAAAACAAGAGCUGUCAACUUUCAAAGUCAAGUGUCAAGCCUUCCAUGUCUGAACAGAAGUCCACAGAGUCCCCAGGUUCUGGUUGUGGUGUUCCAGCCCAGAGAAGCUCACAGCAGGGUCCAGAGAUGGUCUCAGUGAAGCUGGAGGACUGCAGUCAAACACUGGAACUCAAUGUGAUUGUCAAAGAGGAGGAGGAGAGAGGAAUCAAGGAGGAGAGAGAAGUAAAAGAGGUUGAUCAGAGAGCAGUCAAAGAGGAGGUGGAGGAGAGGGAAGUCAAAGAGGAAGUAGAGAUGGCAGUCAAAGAAGAGGAGGUAGUAAUAAACAUCAAAGAAGAGGUGGAGGAAAGAUCAGUGAAAGCAGAAGAGAACAAGGAAGGAGCUGCUCAACAUCUAGGAACUAAAGAAGUAGAUAGUAUCAGUGACCCAGGAGAGAGCUCCAACCCAGGUUCAGACAGUGAGCCCAGUUCCACAGCAUCAGGAAACCAUAAACAACGCAGACGGAGGAACACAAGACAGAAACAUCACUGCAUGGACUGCUUCACUAGUUUCUAUGAUCCAGAGGAGUUGAGAAGGCACACUUGUAGGCCCCGCUCCUGCUCAGAUUGCAGAGACAGUUUUAUUUGUCCGAUUCACCUCAAAUCACACCAACAAAGUCUCAAAAUAAAGAAGAUGUACCCGUGUGGUCAAUGUGGGAAGAGAUUUCAGACACCAAGCAGCUUGAAGAUGCACCAGAUUACUCACACAGGAAAGAGGUCGUACCACUGCUUUCAGUGUAGGAAGACUUUCGGUUGGUCAUUCAAUUUGAAGAGACACCAGAAAAUACACACAGGGGAGAAACCUUUCCACUGCUCCCAGUGUGGAAAGAGCUUCAGUCAGACAGGAGACCUAAAGAAACAUCAGAGAAUACACACAGGAGAGAAGCCUUACCACUGCUCUGAGUGUGGGAAGAGCUUCAGUAUAGAAGCAAAUCUAAAGGAGCACCAGAAAAUACAUACAGGAGAGAAGCCUUUCCACUGCUCCCAAUGUGGUAAAAGCUUCAGUCGGUUAAGAGAACUAAAGAAACAUCAGAGAAUACACACAGGGGAAAAGCCAUACAGCUGUGAUCAGUGUGGGAAGAGUUUCAGUCAAACAGGAGUCCUAAAGAGACACCAGCUAACUCACACAGGAGAAAAACCUUUCAACUGCUCCCAGUGUGGGAAGGAUUUCAGUCAGUCAUCACUUUUGAAGAGACACCAGCUAACGCACACAGGAAAGAAGCCUCACCACUGCUCUCAUUGUGGAAAAAGUUUUAAAUUGGAAGGAAGCCUUCAGAGUCAUCAGAGAAUACACAAUGGAGAGAAGCCCCACCACUGCUUCCAAUGUGAGAAAGCUUUCAGUCAGGCAGUAGACCUAAAGAAACAUCAGAGAAUACACACAAGGGAGAAGUCUUUCCACUGCUCUCAGUGUGGGAAGACUUUCGGUCGGUCAUUAUUUUUGAAGCGACACCAGAGAAGACACACGGGGGAGAAGCCUUUCCACUGCUCCCAAUGUGGGAAGACCUUUAGUGAAAAAGGAAAUCUAAAGCAACACCAGAGAAGACACUCAGGAGAGAAACCGUACAGAUGUGAUCAGUGUGGAAUUUGUUUUAAAUGGAAACAAAGCCUGAAGGAACAUACGGAGGCAAAGCACAGUGCAGUGCCCAACUCUAACCUUAUAAUGGAGUUGCCAAGCUGGGCAUCUACAUAUCUGACUAAUAUUGACUGACUGUUUUUUUUGUUAUUCUGUUAAACCUCUUUUAAAAUAUAUAUUUGAUCUUCUACCACUUUUUAUUUAGACAGCCAAAAACACAGGGGGCGACAGGAAACUGGUAGGGUGGACACGGGAAACUGGUAGGGUGGAGGACACAGGAAACUGGUAGGUUGGAGGACACAGGAAACUGGUAGGGUGGACACGGGAAACUGGUAGGGUGGACACGGGAAACUGGUAGGGUGGACACGGGAAACUGGUAGGGUGGAGGACACGGGAAACUGGUAGGGUGGAGGACACGGGAAACUGGUAGGGUGGAGGACACGGGAAACUGGUAGGGUGGAGGACACGGGAAACUGGUAGGGUGGAGGACACGGGAAACUGGUAGGGUGGAGGACACGGGAAACUGGUAGGGUGGAGGACACGGGAAACUGGUAGGGUGGAGGACACGGGAAACUGGUAGGGUGGAGGACACGGGAAACUGGUAGGGUGGAGGACACGGGAAACUGGUAGGGUGGACACGGGAGACUGGUAGGGUGGACACGGGAGACUGGUAGGGUGGACACGGGAGACUGGUAGGGUGGACACGGGAAACUGGUAGGGUGGACACGGGAAACUGGUAGGGUGGACACGGGAAACUGGUAGGGUGGAGGACACGGGAAACUGGUAGGGUGGACACAGGAGACUGGUAGGGUGGACACAGGAAACUGGUAGGGUGGACACGGGAAACUGGUAGGGUGGACACAGGAAACUGGUAGGGUGGACACGGGAAACUGGUAGGGUGGAGGACACGGGAAACUGGUAGGGUGGACACAGGAGACUGGUAGGGUGGACACAGGAAACUGGUAGGGUGGACACGGGAAACUGGUAGGGUGGACACAGGAAACUGGUAGGGUGGAGGACACGGGAAACUGGUAGGGUGGAGGACACGGGAAACUGGUAGGGUGGUGGACACGGGAAACUGGUAGGGUGGACACGGGAGACUGGUAGGGUGGACACGGGAAUUGAAAACCGGUGUCCAGUGGGGAGGACGUGCGAUUGGCUGCGAGUGUUAACACUAUACAACAGGUUAUUAUUCUGUGACACUUGGAAGUUCAUUUAUAAUAUUCUCAUAUGGAAAUGUACUAAAGAGUUCCAGCACGUGGAUCAUAUCCUGCAGAAAUCCAUUCCGUUUCUAUCUGCAUAGUCAAUUCACUUUCUGAACUAAACUUCCAUUAACAGCAAAGACACACACUUCUCUGGAAAAUGUUAUGUGCAUAAUGAUGUCAUUUCACCAGACUGCACACGUGUCUGCUUAAUGUAGCUCUUUCUCUGGGACAUGUUAUGUGCAUAUUGAUGUCAUUUCACCAGACUGCCCACGUAUCUGCUUAAUGUAGCUCUUUCUCUGGGACAUGUUAUGUGCAUAUUGAUGUCAUUUCACCAGACUGCCCACGUAUCUGCUUAAUGUAGCUCUUUCUCUGGGACAUGUUAUGUGCAUAUUGAUGUCAUUUCACCUGACUGCCCACGUAUCUGCUUAAUGUAGCUCUUUCUCUGGGACAUGUUAUGUGCAUAUUGAUGUCAUUUCACCAGACUGCACACGUAUCUGCUUAAUGUAGCUCUUUCUCUGGGACAUGUUAUGUGCAUAUUGAUGUCAUUUCACCUGACUGCCCACGUAUCUGCUUAAUGUAGCUCUUUCUCUGGGACAUGUUAUGUGCAUAUUGAUGUCAUUUCACCUGACUGCCCACGUAUCUGCUUAAUGUAGCUCUUUCUCUGGGACAUGUUAUGUGCAUAUUGAUGUCAUUUCACCAGACUGCCCACGUAUCUGCUUAAUGUAGCUCUUUCUCUGGGGGAUUUGGGAUGUUUUACUUGUGCUUCCUGUGACUGUGUUUAUAUGUGUAUAUUUAUAUUGUAUUAUACAGGGCACAUUGGAAAGAGAGACCUAGGUCUCAAUAUGUCUUCCCAGGUCAAAUAAAGGUAAAAACAUCACUAAUAAUAAUAAUAAUGACCUGGUUUUAAAAAGUAGAGGAUGGACAUAAGGGAAGGCUGUUGUCUGUAUUAACCAGUGGUCUACUAUAAUGCAGGGUAUAAUGUAAAGUAAAAAUAAAAUAAUGACAAGAUAAGCACGUUUUUAUUUAGGUUUUUAUUCACCGUGCAGACAAUGGGUUCCAUCAGCUUGUUGCUAUGCACUGGGUUCCAUCAGCUUGUUGCUAUGCACUGGGUUCCAUCAGCUUGUUGCUAUGCACAUCCAUCCAUGUCAAUUAUAUGGCAUGCACAGGUUCAUGAGGUCAUCCACCAUCAAUUGACUGUUGGCACGGGAACAACAGAUAGUCCUUACUGCUGUUAGUCCAUACAAACACAUUGAAUAACAGAUAGUCCUUACUGCUGUUAGUCCAUACAAACACAUUGAAUAACAGAUAGUCCUUACUGCUGUUAGUCCAUACAAACACAUUGAACAACAGAUAGUCCUUACUGCUGUUAGUCCAUACAAACACAUUGAACAACAGAUUCACUCCAUGGAACAAAAAAUAUUUGACCAACCACUCCUUUUGAAUGAGUAGCAUUGUGCAAUUAAAUCCAUUUGAAUUCCUCUUAAUGUGUUCAAGAUGUCUCAUCCUGUAUGUUGCAUAUGUAUUGCUUGCACAAUUUUUUAUUUUUUAUAGUUCAGUGUUCUUCAAAUUCCGCAGAACUAAAAAAACAACUUUGAUGGUAUGACACUGGAUCCUAUUAGCAGAGAGUCUGGGGAUUCCAAAUCACCCUCCCUUAUUGGAAACAACUUGUUCCAACAGUACGGUAACAAAUGGCUGUAAUGAAAAUUCAGUUUUGGUAACAGUUGACUUGAUUUUUUCACACACAAAAAACGUCCUGAUAUAGACACAACCAGAUCCUAUUGGUAAAGUGUCUGAGGACUCCAAAUCACCAGUGGUGGACAAAGUACCCAAUUGUCAUACUUGACUAAAAGUAAAGAUGCCUUAAUAGAAAAUGACUUGCGUAAAAGUCAAAGUUACCCAGUAAAAUACAACUUGAGUUAAAGUCUAAUAGUAUUUGGUUUUAAUAUACUUAAGUAUCAAAGCUAUAAAUAGAAUUGCUAGUAUAAAUCAUUUCAAAUGUUAUAUUAAGCAAACCAGAUGGCACAAUUUCCUUUAUUUACAGAUAGCCAGGGACACACUCCAACACACACAUCAUUUACAAACAAAGUGUGAGUUGGACAAUUUUCCUGUCAAAAUGUAACAAGUACUUUUGAGUGUCAGGGAAAAAACUAUGGAGUAAAAAAUACAUUAUUUUCUUUAGGAAUGUAGUGAUGUAAAGUACAGAAACAAAACAAAAAAACGACUUAAGUAUUUUAACAGCAAAUCACACCCCUUUAAUGGAGACAACUUCUAUAGAAUUAACAGUCCAGUAGCAAACAGCUGGUUAGGGAUAACUGCUUUAGUGUAAAUGGUACAGUAGCAAACAGCUGGUUAGGGAUAACUGCUUUAGUGUAAAUGGUCCAGUAGCAAGCAGCUGGUUAGGGAUAACUGCUUUAGUGUAAAUGGUACAGUAGCAAACAGCUGGUUAGGGAUAACUGCUUUAGUGUAAAUGGUACAGUAGCAAACAGCUGGUUAGUGUAAAUGGUACAGUAGCAAACAGCUGGUUAGGGAUAACUGCUUUAGUGUAAAUGGUACAGUAGCAAACAGCUGGUUAGGGAUAACUGCUUUAGUGUAAAUGGUCCAGUAGCAAACAGCUGGUUAGGGAUAACUGCUUUAGUGUAAAUGGUCCAGUAGCAAACAGCUGGUUAGGGAUAACUGCUUUAGUGUAAAUGGUCCAGUAGCAAACAGCUGGUUAGGGAUAACUGCUUUAGUGUAAAUGGUACAGUAGCAAACAGCUGGUUAGGGAUAACUGCUUUAGUGUAAAUGGUACAGUAGCAAACAGCUGGUUAGGGAUAACUGCUUUAGUGUAAAUGGUACAGUAGCAAACAGCUGGUUAGGGAUAACUGCUUUAGUGUAAAUGGUCCAGUAGCAAACAGCUGUAUAGUGUAAAUGGUACAGUAGCAAACAGCUGGUUAGGGAUAACUGCUUUAGUGUAAAUGGUACAGUAGCAAACAGCUGGUUAGGGAUAACUGCUUUAGUGUAAAUGGUACAGUAGCAAACAGCUGGUUAGGGAUAACUGCUUUAGUGUAAAUGGUACAGUAGCAAACAGCUGGUUAGGGAUAACUGCUUUAGUGUAAAUGGUACAGUAGCAAACAGCUGGUUAGGGAUAACUGCUUUAGUGUAAAUGGUACAGUAGCAAACAGCUGGUUAGGGAUAACUGCUUUAGUGUAAAUGGUACAGUAGCAAACAGCUGUAUAGUGUAAAUGGUACAGUAGAAAACGUGUAGAUAAAUCAAUCAAAUGUAUUUUAUUUUUUUAAAGCUAAUUACAGUGCUUUACAGUUGCUCAGCCAAAAAAAACAAACAGCAAGCAAUGCAGAUCCAGAAGCCCAGAGGCUAAGAAAAACUCCCUAAGAAGGCAGGAACCAAGAGGAACCAGACUCUUAAGGGGUGGCAUUUCCUCUUCUGGCUGUCGCAUUUUAAGAGUACAGUGGACAUUAAGGCAAGACGGUUAUUCAAGACAUUCAUAGAGGGAGACCAGCAAGGUCAAGUAAUAACCACAGUGGUUAUAGAGGGUGGAACAGUUCAACACCACAGUGGUUAUAGAG